UGUUCCUAAGAACCAUGUGCCUGGAAUGAUGCAAGGGAAGUCUGUAGUGUUUUUCUCACCAUUAGCUCUUUCUCUCUACUAGCUGACCUCUCCCACGAACUAAGACAAGUACUCUACACUCUACAACCAAGUCUUCAGUAUUUUAUUCGACUACCUGAGCCAAAGAAGUACCAAAAAAGCCAACUGUUUGAUAUUUGGUGUGAACUCACAAGUACAGAAAACAAGCCCAACACAAGUAAAGAGCAUUCUUCCAAGCAAUGAUAGUGUUUGGAAGGGUUACUAUAUAAACUUGGAAUACACACAGACGAAAGAAAUGGAAUAUGGCAGAAGUCAAUUCUGAGGUGUCUACUAGUACAAGAGACAUUACCGCUAACGAAAACAAAGUUAAUAAAGUAAUUACUCCUAAGAUGACCGUAGAGAAAGUAGACAAGAGCGAGCUAACAGCUCCGAGUGAUAGCAACAAACUGACCCCCACCAAGACAGAGAGCAAUGAAGCACCCUCUGGGAGUCCCGACCAUCCCAAGACAGCCAUUGAAAGUGUCUCUGUACAUUCACCAAAGAAGACCGACCCAAAACCACCCUCCACUCCAACAAAGGCAGCGUCUGGCCACAGAGCACACACCUCAAUCAGUGCACCCAAAAACUCACCUCGUAAGAAUCCCUGGAACAGGAACCCCCUUGCUGCUAGCAAAGAAAGCAAGGAGAGCAAACAGGGACCCGGAGGAAGCAAACCAGUCAAGCCACCACCGCCAGCACCACCAACCAAGAAGGAGGCUCCUAGUAAGGGCAUUCAGAUACCAAAGAAGGUGGAGGUACAGAAGGUGGAGGGUGUGAGUGUGUCUGGUAGUUGGCCUGCUCUGGGUGAGACAGGGGAGGACAAGAGAGGGAGUGAUGGGUCCCCCCCUACAGCCUCACCCCCAGACUCAGGGGAGAAGGUGGGAGGGGAGAUCAUUGAUCACACUGCAGAGCUAUCAGAGUAUGACCAACAGAGAUAUGCAGCAGGCAAAAAAAGAGGUACUGGAAAGCAAAAGUGGGUACCGUUGACCCUUGACCCUCCGCCUUCGCGACCUCCGCCCUCUAAGGGCCCUCGGCGUUACCGGGAACGACCACACGAGACACGAGAACAUGGCGGCCGAAUAGAGAAAGACGCUUACCAUUCAAACAACAAAAACAACAGUGGCUACAGAGAUGGCUACAGAGAUGGCUACAGAGGAGGACGACAUUACGAUCACCGUGAUGACAGGGACUAUCACAGGGGCAAGUGGAGAAUGGAGAGAGAUAAGUACAAUGUCCCCCCUCGCUGGGCUAAUCAGUCUGGGGAGGAGGGAGAAGGCCGAGGGACCUCUGAGGGUGGUAGGGGAUAUGGCACUGGGACCCCCGAGGGUGGUCGUGGAUAUGGCACUGGGUACCGUGGCAGAGGAAGAAACUGGAGAUCAUAUCAACAUGGAUCUGGUCCACAGAGUGGUAACUAUGUGUACCCUCCAGUGGCCUAUUACAACCAGGCGAUGAGUGGAGGCAGUGGUGGCAGUGCUGGUACAGGGGGAGGUGGUGGUGGUGGUGGUGGGGCUGGAGGCAUGUUCUUUGCUCCUUACUCUGGAGCACCAGUCUAUUAUACAGCACCGUUGCUACCUCGUGAUGAGGGUACACUACAAGAGUACAUCAAGAAGCAAAUUGAAUACUAUUUCAGUGAUGAAAACUUACAAAAGGACUUUUUCCUGAGAAGACAGAUGGAUGAAGGUGGGUAUGUUUCCCUGGAUGUGGUUGGACGAUUCAACAGAGUACGUGCACUCACACAGGACGUCCCUCUCAUCAAAGAGUCCCUGGAUGGCAGUGAAAUAGUUGAGUUAGCCCCAUCAGGAGACAAGCUGAGACAGAAGGUUGGAUGGCAGCGCUGGAUAUUCACAGGUGGUGCUAAUGAGCAGAGUGAUGGGCCUGCCUCCCCCUCUGGCAUGUACUACCCUCAAGAAGGCUACGCUGAUCCAGAGAUGAUGUCAGAGGAUCAGCUAGUACCUCAGGAACCAGAGGAGACACAACCUCCAGUGGAGAAUGUGGCUGAGUCGGAGAAGUCAGCGCAAGAGUCCAGUGACCCCAACACUAACGAGGUGGUACCUACAGGGGAACCCCCUCAACAGGAGGCUAUAAAAGAAGACUGGGUAGAAGUACAGAGAAAGAAAAAAGUCUUAAAAAACGAAACUAAGAGUGGUACUACAAACUCUGAUGGACUGAACGAGAACGAUGAGCUGGAUUUUGAAUUUGAUGACGACCUCCAAUUAGGGGGCAAAGUGCACAGCUUCUCAGACCAGCCAUGGUCUGAUGUGUCUGAAGAUGAGAUGGAUGAGGAAGACAUUGGCAAGAUCAUCAUAGUUACUCAGACUCCCGCCUAUCAUCGCAACAAACACACUGGGGGGGAUAGCAAACACCCUGGGGGGGAUAGAACUAGCAACUUCACUUCUCGCCCUAAGAUCACUUCAGACUUGGCACAAGCCAUCAACGACGGCCUCUAUUACUACGAACAAGAUUUGUACAGUGAGGUGUCCGACUCUUCACACACUGUUAGCAAGCCUCGCAAUAAAGUGGAUGUGAUCAGUCAGGAAGAAUUUGAUAGUCAACGAGGAGCAGAGACGGACUCUGACCUUGUGUUCUCGCUUGAUACAGAAGACACGCCCACUCCCACGACAGAGAGCCUGACUCCGCCCAAGACCCCCUCAAGAGAAGGCAAGGAGAAGAUGCGUCCACGCUUCUACCCUGUGCCUUACAAACAGGAAACACCCUCAAAGUUUCCUAAGAACACACAGAAGACCAAAUACAGUCAGAACCCUCCAGUUGAGAGUCAUGUUGGUUGGGUUAUGUCCCCUCACAAGCCCCCAUCAUCAUCGCAACAACGACCGCUUUCUGGCCCCUCCUCAAGUCCCAGCACGUCACCAUCCGCCCACUCUAUCCCUACAUUCCAACAUCCCUCUCAUUCGCUGCUCAAGGCUAACGGGUUCAAACAGCAACAGUAUCACAAGUACAGACACAACUGCCUCAAAGAACGCAAGAGACUUGGAGUUGGUCAGUCGCAGGAGAUGAACACUCUCUUCAGAUUCUGGUCCUUCUUUCUAAGAACUCACUUCAAUAAGAAGAUGUAUGAGGAAUUCCACUCUCUGGCUUUGGAGGACGCUUCCAGUGGCUAUCGCUAUGGUCUGGAGUGUCUCUUCAGGUACUACAGCUAUGGACUAGAGAAGCGCUUCAGAGAAGAGGUACUAGCUGACUUCCAGAGUGAGGCUCUCAAGGACUAUGCCACUGGCUCUCUGUAUGGACUAGAGAAGUUCUGGGCCUUCCUCAAAUAUUACAAGGGAAAACGAGUUUUCACAAUUGACCAAGAAUUGACAAAGAUAUUGGCCAACUACAAAACACUCGAAGACUUCAGAAUCAAUAAAUCUUCACUGCGGACUUCUUCCUUCAAAGUCACCUCUGAUUCAAGCCGAUCUGGCUCUGGUAAACGAGAUGCCACCACACGAUCUCAGGACAAGACAGGUGUACACAGCCACUAACCACCGACAGACAGACACAUAGUUAUCAUUACCUGUGCAUCGUUUGUCAGCACGUUUUGAAGUUUUAACUCUCAAAUAAAGAGCCUGUCCUGUACGUGUGUGUGUGAACUAUUUCUAUUGUAUUCUAUUCAUUUUAGAGUUAUGUUGUGAUCUCGUUAUAGAGACUGUUCACUUACAGUUGUGUGUGUGUGUGGUUUUGUCUCUCCCAUGUUAGCUUGCAACAAUCAUAGAUAUCAGUUGAUUCAAUUAGGAGCUAAUUAUUUAAAACUAUUUUGUACCUUAAUUAUGUGUACCCUUAUUUAUAACUGUAUGUGUCAAAUGAGUUUAUCUGUUCGUGUUAUUUUUGUUUGUUUGUGUGUCUAUUGUGAAAAUCUUUAUCUUGAAUAACAAAGUUAACAAAAACAAA